AUGUACACCUACACUUCUUUCUAUGAUAUGUCCCUAGGCUGCACUUCAAAGAAAGCCAGAGAGGGUGGCGGGAGGGGGCUUAAGCACCCGAACGGGUGGGUCUGGGCAGCUCUGGGAGACUGGGCGCCGGGACCGACGGGAGCACCAAGAUGCGCCGCCGGAGGGUCACGGAGCUGCCGGGCAGGGCGGGAGGGCCAGCGUGGCACCACGCCGCAAAACACAUGCCCGUCCGAGGGGCCGGGCAAGAAUCCUCGGCCCCCGCAGCCUCCACCGAGCGCCACGCGCCCGCCUCGACCCGGCCCAGCCACUAGCGGCUGGCGCUGGGGAACUCCUAACCACGACCCCAAGGGCGCCCCGAAGGAAGAGGCGCGGGGGGCCGCAGCGUCCUCGGCCAGUCAGGACCUGCUUUGGGGGUGGGGGAGGGGGACGCCAUCCCGCCUUAAACGAAGGCAGGGUUUCAGUUUGAGGAAGCCUCCGGCCCUUCCUGCCCUCUCCGGUUGGAAGAUGCGCCCGCACGCCGGCGUCCCCUGCAGCAGUCCAGCGCCCAGCCCGUCCGCUCCUCCCUCACACUCACCGUUUCCCCGGGCCCCAGCCGGCCCAGGCACAGAUGAGGUGGCUGCGGCCGAGCGCAGGCAGAGAGGGCCGCAGGCGGCGGGCGACGCCGCUCAGGCCCUCGCGCUCCAGGGCGCUCUGUCAGGACCAGCCCUCUCCCUCCCGCGCGCCCCAAGCCCAGCCGGCUAG